CCAACAGCAUGUCUGUGCUCCAGCAGCCUGUGUCUGAGUCAAUCCAGCCAGGAGGCUCUGUGACUCUGAACUGUACAAUUCACACUGAGACCUGUGCAGGAGAACACAGUGUCCUUUGGUUCAGACAUGGCUCAGGAGAAUCCCGUCCAGGAAUCAUUUACACCCAUGGAAACAGGAGUGAUCAGUGUGAGAAGAUCUCUGAGGCUGGGUCUCCUACACAGAGAUGUGUCUACAACCUCCCCAAGAGGAACCUCAGCCUCUCUGAUUCUGGGACUUACUACUGUGCUGUGGCCUCAUGUGGGGAGAUACUCUUUGGGAACGGGACCAAGUUGGACAUUGACGACUAUAGAGCAGAUCCUCUUCUCUUGGUGUCCUGCCUGGGUGUAGUAUUGUGUGUCACGUUCACCUUGAUCAUUGUCCUGGUUUGCAUCAUGUACAAGAUGAACAACACAACAUGUGUGCAGUGCAGAGGACUCGUCUCACAGACCAGAGGUCCUGCAGUUACCAGGUCAGAUGUAGGGGACCAAGAUGGAGACAGUCUCCAUUACGUAGCUCUGAAUCUGAGCAACAAGAAGAACAGGUCUAGAAGACAGAGAGGUCACAUGGAGACAGUGGUGUAUGCUGGGAUCAGACAGUAGAAUUGGAUGAAUGAACCAAUGAUAAUUUUUUACUAGAUAACUCUUUAUUAACUAGUUCUAGCUUCAUUAACUAUCUAUGAACGCAUAAGCAGUCAAAUGUGAUGAAAACAGUGGUCAUAGCUUUUUUGUUAUUCAAUGUUGAAAAAAUUGAAUGCAUUGCUUCUCUGACAAACAUUUUUUAUUUUUUAUUAUAAUAAUAAUAAUAAUUAGGGGUGGUGCUUAUA